AUGAGCCAGCCCAGAAACAACGCUAAUCUGCAGCAACUAGCCAGUGCUGAAGAUAUUGAAGCAGGAAAUGGUAUUGAUAACAUUGGUGGGGUAUCGAUAUCGCAUCAAAAGCCGCCAAAUCGAUGGGCAAAGCACUAUAAGGUCCUGAAAAGCCUUUUAUUUUUAUUUGGAUCUUGCAUUGUGACAUACUAUUCGGUCAUAUUGCUUUCAAUGUUCGGGGAUAUUGCCCUGAAAAUCAGCUCCGAAUUUCAGCAAGAAGGAAAUCUUGCCAUAACUCCACUCUCCUUCAAGGUACACCAGGAAAAGGCCUACACCGACUACAUGGCAAAAAAAGAGACUAAUCUUCGUCAAUGCAAAUUGGGGAUCGUUUCGUCAUUUCCACCCACCAGAUGUGGGAUUGGCCAAUUUGCAGAUGACUUGUACGGUGCAAUGAAAAAUACCCUUCCAGAAAACUGUGAUCUUUCUGUGAUUGCAUUGCAUGAUUCCUCAUCCGGAGGGCCGUUGGCCUCACUAUUUAGGUCUUAUGAUGCGGAAAAGGUGUCCAUCAUCAUUGAUUUGGAUCAAUUGGCACCGUCUCCAUCAAUUUUGAGAGCUGCAAACAGCAUUAAUGAUGCUGGAUUCACCCAUCUUCUCUUGCAGUCUGAAUUUGGACUCACUCCAGUCAUGUGGCAACAGGCCGAUUUGCUCCGUUGGAUUUCGCCAGAAAUUUCGGUUGUCACGGUUUUCCAUACUCCAAGAGCCUAUCCAAAUGAGGAGGAACGUGCGUUCAUAAGACAACUUUCGCGGCUUUCUCAGUCGGUAGUUAGCAUGUCACACUAUGCUUGCCAUUCUUUAAAGAAUGCAUUCGGAGUUCCCGCAUCAAAAGUAAUGAUGAUCCCGCACGGUGUAAAAGACAUUUAUGCCGACAUGGGGGAUGCAUUGACAUCAGGAUCAGUAACCAAGGACAAUCCGGAGAAAUUUAUACUGCUGUCCGAUGGUCUGAUUCACGAACAUAAGGGAUAUUUGCGGGUUAUUAGAGCGCUUCCGCAGCUUAUUAAGUUGAUUCCAAAUCUUGUGUUUCGAAUUGUAGGCAAGCAGCAUCCGAAAAGCGCCUCCAGGGGCUUAAUGGACUUGUAUAUCAACGAAGCCCGAACACUGGGGGUUAGAAAACAUCUAGAGUGGGUUGAUACUUUUUUCACUCCGGAAGAAUUGUUAGAUUACUACGCCGAGUGUGACGUGUAUGUUUCGCUUUAUGAUGAAAUAACGCCAAUUUCGGGAACCCUUACAGCUGCCAUGGCUGCUGGGUUGGCGAUCGUUGCAACGCCAUAUCGAUAUGCUAUUGAGCUGCUUUCUGAAGAUCGCGGAAUUCUUCUUUCCUCUUUUGAUGUCAAUGGCAAUCAUGGCAACGAAUUUGUGCAGUCGAUUGUUAAGCUUUAUAACGACUUUGAUUUUCGCAAGGGAUACGGAAAACGUGCCGCCAUGGGCGUCUCUUCAUGGCGAUGGCCAAGAAUCGCAAGUGCAUAUUGGAAUCUGCUGUUGAAAAACGAUUCUCACAUCACGGCUACAGGUGUGCCUCCGAUAGUUCAUUCGGAUCCAUUUUUCGAUUCUUUGGAAAAUACCGCACAUUGGCGCCAAUCGAUGAUUGUUGAUUUCAAUGGGAACCAUAUCUCUUUUUCCGAGGAAGAAGACCAACAAACGCCCGUGGAAACGCCGUCCGGUUUUACAUUUUCUAUGCAGCAACCUGAUAAUACGAUGAUGGAGCAUGUAGUUGAGCCCUUGAAUGCUGCUCAAAGCCUAUUUUGCCCUGUCGCUGUGGGUCAAAAGAAAAAUGCCAAUUUACUUGAUUGCCUUUACGUGAUUUAUGCGGAUUCUGAAAUUCAGGUCAAUGGAGCCAUUUUUCAAGAUGGGACCAUUAGAGCGAUUGGAAUAAGAACCCCUGAGAUAUAUAUUUUGGUUCAAGAAGGGCUUCCUUUGGAUGUUGAAGAAACCCCAAACACGUCUAAAAAAAACUUUCGCAUCCAGUAUCAAAAUCAACCAUCAGGGUUCACGCUCAUCACCAACAGUACCACUGUACGUGUGAACAAUCCUGAAAACGGAACCGGAAUUUCGAUUGAAUUUGAAAGCAUUUCUAGAUUUUCGUCCCCUAAAGGGAUUCUUGGCUCCACACUGCAAUACAAAUUUGAUGAAUUCAAAAAGCAAUCCAUGGUUUCGCAGCCUGCUGUGGUUUGGUCUGAAUGGCGUCUCAACGACGAAAAUCUAUUUUCAAUUCAAAGCACCGGGCAAAGCUGGACGAUGUUUUCCAUCGAGGCCAAUACUUAUUAUAUUCCCGUUCUUCACGACCUUCCAGAAAAUUCAUUCUCAUAUCGUCACGAAUGGAUUUCCAUGGCAGAGUCAAGACUUACUCCGGUCCGGCUUACUAGGAAUGUUUUCCCACUGUUGUCGGAAAAUAACUUUUUGCCGAUAAUAACCCUUCAGUUUGAAGGGCCCUUCUUUGAUUUUUCUGGGUUUGCUACCGUGAAUAGGGCUCUAUUCAUGCAACUGAGCUGGAGAAGCUUCAAUUUUAUGGUUCGAAUUGCACCUACAGAUCCUAAAGUUGGCAUUUCGUCGAGCUCAAAGCCUCCAUUAUUAGAUUCGGUUGUCAAGUACUUGAUGUGGGCUAAUAUUGCAGCAUCGAGACCCUCUUCGAGUAUGAUUUUGGGCAUGAUUCGAAAUUUUGGAAACUCACCAGGGGGAGGAGCAGGAGGAGAUAGAAAUGCGAUCGGCAGUGUCUCCCGAUCUACCACGGCUGCGUCAUUUGCCCAAGUUGAUAGCAUUUUUCAGCCAAGAAAAUCGCCCCCCUCUCUUGCAACGUCUGAACCUUUGCUAGCAGGCUUGCUAUUAAGAAUAUUCCCUCUUUUGGCACCGUCUUUUGGAAAAGAAAGCAACCGCGGUGUUGGGUCAAGCGAUUCAUUCCCAGACAUUGUAUUUAGAAAUGCCUGGUUAGGCGGUGGCGGACCAGAUUUAUCGCUUCCUGUUUCUCCUUCCACUUUUUGGAUACAGUCACAACCAUGGGAAUUCUGGGGAGUCCCGGAGUCAUGGCUUCCAAAGCUAUCACUAGUCGAUGUUCUAGUGGUGCCUUCUGAGUUUUCAAAAGAUACAUACAUCGCAAAUGGGGUUGAUCCAUCAAAGAUUGUUAUCUUGCCACAUGGCGUUACGUUCUCCAAAAUCCAACAAAUCCCCAAAUUGCCCGCUGGAAAACCCGUUAAUGGAGGGGGGGGAGCGCGCUCCAUCAUCGAAAAUAUAAAAAACCUUUCUGGAUGCUCCAAAUUCAUUGCAAUUUUUUCUGGAGGCCUUUUGGCAAGGAAAGGCGUAGAUGUGGCUGUCAAAUCUUUUCUUGCCUCUUUUAAGCGCGCCGAUGAAGCUUGCCUGGUGCUUCAUAGCGUUUAUGGAGACGGAUACUAUUUUGACCAAAUCAGAUCACAUCAAGCUGAUUACGAAGCCGCAGGAAGAGACACCUCGCUGCUUCAAACGGACAGCUCUAGAUAUGACAUACCACGACUGAUUUAUUUGGAUAGUGCCCUAGAGUGGUCCGAGAUGAUUCAACUAUUUAAGCUUGGGGAUAUCUUUCUUGCUCCUUAUAGGGCAGAGGGGUUUGGACUAAUUAUCCUGGAGGCUAUGGCCGCAGGAACAGCUGUUGCGGUGACGCAGGCAGGCCCGGCUUUGGAGUUUACCACCUCUGAUAGCGUAUUUUAUAUUUCACAAGAAGAGCGUCCGUCCGAAGACAACGAAGAGGAGCGGAAAGGGGAUGAUGAUGAUGGUGCUUGGAAAGACUACCAAUAUCAUCUGAAAAGCAAGCCUGUGGCCAUUUGCAAAAUAUCACCAUGUGGACCGGGAUAUAAAGAAUUCAAUGGUUCAAAGACUAAAGUCGCGCCUAGGUGGGCUGCCCCCUCUGUGGAGUCCCUCAAAAAGAUCCUAAAAAUUGCUUAUCACAAUCCAGACUUGGUGAAGGAAAAGGCUAUCAAUGCACAUCGUUUGGCUGAACAUCACACUUGGACUCGACCAGGUCAAGACUUUGAGAUGCUACUGAAAAUUCUGGCGACCGAAACAAGAGAUAAUGAAGAGUUUCCUAUUCCAGUUAGGAUAAGAGAGGCCCUCCUGAGGCUCAAGAGCAACAAGGAAAACUUUUCUGAAACUGCUGCCAAAGAGGAAGACAUUGAUUUUCCUUUUAACUCUUCAGAAGUUUCGCAAGAAUCUUCUUCAAAUUCUUUAAGUGGCAUUCCUUACUCGAUCAACGAGAAAUUUUCGCUUUCUAACGUUUUUAUGAGUGCAAUGAAUCUACCAUCAACCCUGGGUAUUCGAUUGCUGAGGUGUAUUUUUUAA